AUGUCUCGCCAUGCCCGUAUCGAAGAAGUGUCCGACAGCGACUCGGACCCAUCCGAGAUGGAUCCCUCGGACUUUGAUCCUGGCCUCCUGAACUCCAUCAUCCAGCCCGCCAACAUUCCCUCCACUGCGCCUCCAUACUCGCAGCAGCAGCAGCCUGUCCUGCAGCCGCACUUCCCUGGCCGCCCACCGCCUGAUCAGAAUGCCGAACGUGAGCGCACCAAGCAUUAUCAAUGUCUAUACCCCAUCUACUUCGACUCAUCUCGCUCCCGCGCCGAAGGUAGACGAGUAGGAAAGAACGAGGCUGUCGCAAACCCGCUAGCACAAGACAUCGCCAAUGCCUGCUCGCAGCUACCUGUCGCAGGUCAGGUUAUUUUCGAGCCUGCAAAGACACACCCCAAGGACUGGGCCAAUCCUGGUCGCGUGCGUGUCUUGAUCAAGGAGGAUGGCAAGCCCGCAGGAAAAGGCUCCAUCAAGAAUAAGCACCAGCUGUACAAACUGGUUGCCGAGUACCUACGAGCACACCCCACCACCGAGGAAUCGCCUAUGCGCAUGCGCAUUGCCGGCCUACCACCCCCGACCAAGCCCAUCCCACCGCCAGCUGCACCUAAAGGUUGGAAGAUUGGUACGAUAUUACCAUUACACUCNCCCGCUCUGAGCGGUGGAGGCGUGAACGAAAAUUACUUUAAGGAUAUGAUGCAGGAAAUGCAGGGCAUGCAAGGUCAGCCUGGAGUGCCCACUCUGCCUGCGGGUAUGGAAAGCAUGUUUGGCGGCGGUCCCGCUGCUGCGCCUGAGCCACCUGCUUCCAAGAAAAAGGAUAAGAAGAAAUCCAAAGCCUAA